AUGGCGACCUCCGAAGUUGGAUUAGGGAACCCGGCUGUCCUUAACAAGGUUGAUAAGCUGAGAGAAUUAAGCGUCGGAGCAAUUAUUCCUCUUCCUCAACUUAUUGUGGUAGGAGACCAGUCUUCCGGAAAGAGCUCGGUCCUCGAGAGUUUGACUGGGUUCUCGUUCCCUCGAGCCGCCGGACUAUGCACCCGCUACGCCACCCAGAUAACCUGUUCCCGCGAGCCGCGUAAAAGUGUUUCUGUGUCGAUCAUCCCUCGUCCAGAUGCGAACGAGACACUCAAGACUCGUCUCUUCCAGUUCCAGCGCCAGAUCACGGAGCUUGACAAUGACCAACUCGCUGAAAUCUUCGAAGAGGCGAAUGAGGCAAUGGGCCUCCGAAUGAGCGAAUCCGAUUUUAGUAUGUUCGACGAAGGAAUCGGAGCCUUCAGUCAAGAUAUUUUGAAAAUUGAAAUUAGUGGACCUGAUCAAACCCACCUGACGGUGAUCGAUGUUCCGGGAAUAUUCCGGGUCGCAACACCUGGACUUACCACUGAAAGCGAUGUUACCAUGGUUCGAAACAUGGUCAAGUCGUAUAUGGAGAAUAGUAGAACGAUUAUUCUUGCGGUCAUGCCUUGCAACGUUGAUAUUGCCACUCAGGAGAUCCUCAAGCUCGCCGAGACGGCGGACCCAGAUGGUAUUAGAACGAUGGGAGUGCUGACAAAACCUGAUCUCGCUAUGGAACAGGCCACCCAAAGCGCAGUCAUAGACUUAGUCCAGGGCAAGCGCAACAGGCUUACUCUCGGCUAUUGCGUGGUGAAGAAUCGCAGCGCAGACGAUAGCAAUUCGUCUAUAUCCGACCGCCUUGCCGCAGAGAAGGCUUUCUUUGCGGGGCCUCCUUGGACAUCGGUCGCAAAUCGCUGCGGUAUCGAGUCCUUACAGACCCGCCUCAGCGAACUAUUGAUGUCUAUCUCCAAGCGUGAGCUGCCCCACGUAAAAGCAGACAUCGAAAACCGUCUGAAUCUCCGUAAGUCUGAGCUAGAGGCCAUGGGGCCGUCCCGAUCCGACCAGAGCUCCCAAAGACUUUACUUGGGGAGGAUCGCGUCUCGGUUUCAGGAAAUAACGCAACACGCCCUCAAUGGGUACUAUACCGGGAAUCCCAUCUUCAAAUCGGAGCCAAAUUUGAAGCUUGCUACCAGAGCGAUGGAACUGAACGAGGCUUUGUCCCACGUUGUGCUAAAAAGGGGACAUAAGAGACAUUUCGGCCCGGAGUUGGAGGACCAAGAAGUCACUCCCACUCGCAAGGAAGGGGACGUUUCUUUCAAGAUUCCCCUCAACAAGUAUCCGGAAUUAUCCCAGAUCAUUCAUAUCGAUGAAUAUGAAUGCCCGGAGCCCUCGGAUGACCCGCUUCUGGAACAUGUCAUCGGGACGUACGAGGCUAGCCGUGGGCCUGAAGUUGGAACAUUCGGGGGCCCUAUACUAGCGAUAGUAUUCGAGGAACAGUCUGAGAAAUGGGAGCCACUAGUGCUCUCGCACACCAGCAAGGCCAUCAAUAUGGUCCACGACUAUGUGUUCCAACUUUUUAGCAAGCUCUGUCCGGAUACCCAAGUUAGGAACCAACUUUGGGAAGUUAUUCUUCUUGACCAACUGCGCGACGCGUAUCGUCGAGCUAUGGACCAUGCUCAUUACCUCCUCGCGACUGAGCGUCGAGGUAGACCCAGUACUUUCAGCCAUAAGUUCAGUGAAAAUCUCGAGAAGAGGCGGGAGCAGCGUAUACUCGCGCGCAACAAAACUGACGCGGCUGGUGACGAAAACGAAGAAGGCGAGUCCGAAUAUGAGCGAGCCGAAUCGCGGGUGACAAGUCAGCCCACCACGAUGAAAGACAACGUCCAAAAAACCUGUGAGGAUAUUGUGGACACUCUGAUAUGCUACUAUAACAUGUCCCGCGAACGUUUUGUCGAUGCCGUCUGUCAGCAAGUUGUCAACGACUUCUUACUCGACGGCGAAAAGAGCCCUCUUAGGAUCCUAAGUCCAGAGUUCACGAUGAGUCUCGAUCCGGAGCAGCUUGAGAUGAUCGCAGGUGAGGAUAUGGGGACGAAAAACCAACGACAAGCCUUAGCCCGGGAGAUAGAGAGCUUGGAGGCGGCAAUCAAGGUUCUGCGAGUGUGA